AUGAGUGGAACAGCAAUUAAGGCACAUCUCAACCUCCUGCCGGUUAGGGGUAUACAGAUCGCCGUGGAGGCCCUGAAGACUUUGAGUUUGGUGAUCACGCGGCUUAAUGUUGAGAUCAAAACACGGAUUUCUAAGUCUUGCCUUCGAACUGUACUACCGACAUUUUCUGUUCAAUCUCGCUUUGGCUGUAUCCGGCCUGUGAAGAAGGCCUUUCCAAACCUCUAUCGUGUCCGAACCUGCUACUGUUUUGGCGCACAAUCGACAUGUGGAGCCGAUAAUAAUGGAUACGGUCGAGGGUGUCUCCUGCCGGCCUCUCUUCUUAAGAUGACCAAUUUGUCGGUCGGUGUCUGUCACCACGUCUACCGUGCUGACGACUGCACUGUCUUCAUUACGGCGACAGAUACCUGCAUCAACGUCAGCACCACCUUUGCUAGUAGUGCCGGCGACGCUAGCGACAAUAGUAGUGGUCGCUUUGGGACUGCGACCCCUCCUCUUGUAGGUGGCAAGGCCUAUCCUGUCUCCAGCACAGUCGGAAACAAUAAAAUUAUACGAAGAAAAGUUGCGUUUCCACGAAUCGCUUGUUUCAUAAUUGUUGAGCUUACUUCCAUUUCGAGUGGAACUGUUGCGUCGGUUUCACAUUCAUGCUGA